AUGGCCGACUUCCAGAACAUCGCUGAGCAGUUUGUUCAGUUCUACUACAAGACCUUCGAUGAGAACCGCUCCGCCCUUGGUGCCCUUUACAAGGACCACUCCAUGCUCACCUUUGAGAACUCGCCCGUCCAGGGCGCCGCUGGCAUCACCGAGAAGCUCGUCGGUCUGCCUUUCGCAAAGGUCCAACACGAGGUCGCCAGCUUGGAUGCUCAGCCCUCCAACGACGCUGGUGGUAUCUUGGUCCUCGUUGCCGGAAGACUUCUUGUCGAUGAGGAGCAGAGACCCAUGAGCUACACCCAGUCCUUCCAGCUCCUGCCCGACGGUGCUGGCAGCUACUACGUCUUCAACGACAUCUUCAGACUCGUCUACGCCGCCGCAUAAGCGAUUCCACACAGUGUGAUGGGUCAAAAAAGAGAAAUAAGAUGAACAUUUGUCAUGUAAUAACUGGAUUUGUCUUCCAUGAACAGGCGGCCAUAUGGGCCACGGAGAAGGAGCGAAACCAAUUGAUGAGCCGAUAGUCAUAAAAAUAUCAGGCCAACGAAUCCACGACUCUCGACUAUUGAAUCCACCUGCAAACUUGCAUUGCAGCUUUUGCUCCCAGCCGUGUUCGAUACUCGCGUGUCAUGUUGAUUUGAUACACUGGGUUGCUGCUCAUUCCAAAAGAAGAUUCUAACAGUCCUCGUUCUGGCAGCGAAUGAUGCUAUGACUAUCCCAGAGGCGUUCAAUCGACAUUUUGAACACAUCCGUCACCUUGUCGCGUCUCCCAAACUCAAAAUAGUUGAUGUCAGAGCUGCGGAGAUGCAAGAUACCUUGAUCAGAGC